AUGCCGCUCUUCCAUCACGACAAAGCAACCGCCUCAUCUUCUUCGACAUCUCGUCACUCUCGCCGCGAUACCUCCCCUAUCCCGCCAGCAACUGAAUCCCGUCGCACCGGCCUUUUCGGGUCCAGACAUACUACAUCCCCAUCCCCACGAUCCUCGACCUCUACCACCAGCAGCCCCAACAACAUCAAACACUCUACCAGUCUCCUCCACCGCAACCGUGAUCACCGAGAAGACCCAAGCAUAACCCACGCCCGCGAACAAGUCGUCCUCGCCGAAACAGCCGAAAAAGAAGCUGAUCGCGCCCUCGUCGCCGCCCGACAGGCUGUCCGUGAGGCACGCGAACAUGUGAAACGGUUAGAAGAGGAAGCACGGGAAGAAGCGAGGUUGGCGAGGAUUAAGCAGGAUCAGGCAAAGAGUAUUUCGAAGAGGGGGAAGCCGUUGGGACUGACUUAUACCACAGUCACCACCACUGCUUUAACCGCCGUGACCUCGAUCGUCCACCAGACGAUCCUCACCACCAUCAUAGCCACCGUGACAAACCGACCACCACACCCACCUGCCAACCCACAGAACGAAUCAAGUCUGUUGGUGGAAUGUCUCCAUCCAAGCCUAUGA